AUGCUCAUGGGUCAAGUUACUUUGAAAAAACUAGAAUUUUCUACUAGAAGAUUUCUCAUUCCAAAUAUACCGAUCACCACUUAUCCUGGAGCGAAAGAAAGUUUGAGUACUAUUACGGAAUUUGUUUGUAGUUCGAAUAUCGAUUCAGUAAUUUUCUAUCACAUGUCACAAAUCUGUCAUAAUAUAGAAUCAUUAAGUAUCACUUUGGAAAAUGUUAUCUCAAAUGGGUUAACGGACCUGAUUUCUGUUCAGAGAAAUUUAAAGUACUUGGACAUAUUGCAUGAAUGUAAUGAUGUUAUGUAUGUACCUCCUCUAAUAACAAACCUUAAUGAUACUGUAACCAAAUUACGCUUGGAAGGAAGAUAUCUUAUCCCUUUGUCGUUUAUUUCUAAACUCACCAAUUUACAAGAACUUUUAUUAUCAUUUCGUUUCGAAGGGUUUGAAGAUAUGGAAUACAUAUCCCUUCCAAACUUGCAAAUCUUAAAAUUUUAUUAUAAUGUUUUGAUUCCUAAACCUUUAACUACAUUCUUAGAGAAUAGUGGGAGGAAUUUACGAGAACUUGAUCUUCAUAAUACCAAUGACGAUUCAUUGAAUUUGGCUGUAGCAAAAUUUUGUUCAAAUCUGAAGUCAUUACGCACCGUCAUUCAAGAUGAAGAAUCUGCAACAUUAAAAAUGAUUUUAAAAGGUUGCCUACAAUUAGAAAGCAUUUACCUUUUGUGUGGUUCUACUUAUCUAGACGAAAGCAGAUUAAUAGAAAUUAUCGUAGAUUAUUCACCUAAAUAUUUUCACGAGUUAAACAUGGAUUAUGUAGGUGAUUUGGAACACCAAUUAUUUUCAAUAGCAUUGGCGCCCGUUUUUAAAAGAUGGACGUAUCGUACACCGAAAAUUACACUUUCGUUGUUUAUUGUUGGAUUUUGCGGUAUUAGAAGAGCCAGUAAGAGAGUAAUUAUAGAUUUUCAUAAGUUGGGUAUUAUUAAAUUUGGAACUACUAAUUCUUAUUAA